AAGUACCCCCCUAGCGAAGUCAGUCUACUUUUUGCCUCGCAAGUUAUGGCUGCUUCCGCUGCAUCCUUCUCUGUUUUCCCUUCUUCUUCCACCAAGAACAACGGCUCGAACUCGCCUCAACUUGUUGCUGCCAAAGCAGGAUGGGUGCUGGAUUUGUAGGUUUCGCAAAACAGCAUGCAAAAGUUACGCCAAAACGGACCCGGCAUACAACCCGAGUGACCCCCGCUGCUACGACUGUCAGAGGUUCAAUAUUGUCUGUUGUGGUUACGGAGAAGACCGCCCCUCGGUACGCUUUGACAUGCCUAUUCCCUCCCACAACCCCUCCUCAAGUUAUAGCUUUCAAGGGCCCUGGUAUCCGCAAGAUCGUAACCGCGAGGACCCGCGAAUGGAUUUCAUUCGAGCCGAACAGACAGCCUGGUGAACCCCCCCUUAACCUAUCCGACCUUUGGCCUGAAAAAACAGUGGUUUCGUCAUCUCCUCCUCUACUCCAACCCGAAUCCUCUGACCGUAUUUCUGAGUUCAUCACGCCCAACACCUGCUUUAUAUCUCCUGGAUCCCAAAGUGCUGAGCCCUUGUCUGGCGCGCCCGUUUUCACGCCUCACGCUGAGGCCCGGACCGUCUUCCCCAUCUCCCCUCCGGUGCACACGGCUGUCGCGUCCAGCAUGCCACCCCCAUCGCUUCAUGUGGAGACUACUCAGGCCCCCUCCACUCUCCCAGCCCCAUACUCACAGUUACAGUUUGGACAACCUCUAUCGGUUCCUCCGCCGGCGCCCAAACCAUCUCUUCCAGUUAAUACCGUCACCCCGCCGCUCUUUCGCUUGGAUUCUGUUCCGACUGGACUAGAGAUUAACUCCUGGCCCCCGUCAACUUCUUUCUUCUCUCAGCAAGAAGAAGAUGCGGCUCUUCAGCAACUCCUAGAACCAGCAUUCAUCGAUUCCCCUGUUCCAGUUUAUGAUUCGAAUCCCACUAUUGGUUCGUUGUCCAUAUGUUGUUAUCCUAGCCCCGAUCUCACCGGGGUCCCGCAGACUACAAUAGCAUCCCGCACACUCUAUCCGCGUACUCCGUUCCGGAGUCAUCGUCUCGCAUCAAUGUUACAACUUUCACUCGUCAGGACGGGAUCAUCUCAGAGUUUGGUCCAUCAGCUCCACCUGCAGAUCUUCAGCCCUAUUGGGGGAACACUAGGUGUGCAUUACCACUCCAGGCCACGCCAUUCAUCUGAUGCGGUGCUCCGCAACAGCUUCGCUUUUCGUGAAUGACGUUCUCUUUCUCUUGGUUAUCAAUUCUCUUUAUCUUUAAGAAGGCCUAACACUCGCUACGCCUGGUAGCUUGGCCAUCUAUCUGCCAUGAUGUAUGCCGUAUGAUGAGCCGGCCCAUCUUGUACGCUUGCAUUUUAUGAUUUGAUUAUGGUAACAAAGGCAAGCAUUCUCACUGUUACGAUCGUUGACAUCUUAUCCCUGGCCACUCUGUGGCACGAUUUUGUCCCCCCGCCUAGUCUAGUCUAGCCUAGCCUAGUCUCGUCUAGUCUCGUCUAGUCUCGUCUAGUCCAGUCUCGCCUCGUCUAGUCUAGUCUAGUCUAGUCUCGUCUAGCCUACUAGGUUUCCCCAAGGUGUCACUCAACGAGGCUGCCGAGGUGAGUUGGCAGAGAGUGGCAUCUAUACUCCGGUUCUAGCGGUUUUCGAAGGUAA